CUUCCUUUCGCCGGUUGUCGAGCGUCAGUUGUCGUCCAAGAGUCAGACACUUCAAAACACUUUCACGCAACGCGGUUAUAUUGCUGUAUACAUAUCAUACCAGCUCCGAUCGAUUUAAUUCAUUCCAUUCUAUUUCGGAUAAGACCCGACGCAAGCGAAUAAAAUGCUGACCCUGACUCAGUUCGGUAGCGACUUGAAAUCACAGGCAGUGCCAAAUCGUUCGAUCAUCAAAGAGCCGCCGUCCGAUCGAUCUACCUACCGAUUUAUUCAAAUUAGGGGCGGUUCGUUUCGUUCCAAAUUCAAGGAGUCUCCCCCAGGGCAGCUCAAUGUCAUCAAUAACGUGAAUUACAAUUUCCGAAAACCCUCGGCCGUCAGCGAAGAUGAGCAAACGAGCGCCCAGUUUAAGGUGAUGCUGCUGGGAGAUUCGGGGGUGGGUAAAACUUGCCUCUUGAUUCGCUUCAAAGACAAAGCCUUCAUGUCUGGCUCUUACAUCGCUACGAUCGGUAUCGAUUACAGGAAUAAAGUACUCGUCGUGGACGGGGCCAAAGUUAAGUUACAGAUCUGGGACACCGCCGGCCAAGAAAGGUUUAGGAGCGUAACCCAUGCCUACUAUCGCGACGCCCACGCUCUCUUCCUCCUCUACGACGUGACGAAUCGAAAAAGUUUCGAUAACACUCGCGCGUGGCUGGCGGAGAUCAACGAAUACGCACACCGUGACGUCAUCAUCAUGCUAUUGGGGAAUAAGUGUGACAGCGAGGAUCGAAUUGUAGACCGGGAGGAUGGCGAAAGACUCGCUCGGGAGUACAAAGUCAACUUUAUGGAAACGUCAGCUAAAACUGGUCUCAACGUCGAACUUGCCUUUAUUGAAGUGGCCAGAGCGUUAAGGGAUAAACGGACCACGGUCAGCGCUUCGUACGGAGUCCAGGAAUACGUAGAGCCCAGUCAGUGGUCACAAAACGUUUGCUCUGCAUGCGGCACGUCUUGAACGAUUAUCAUUUAGUAUUCUGGCGGUCACUUCUUUCAUUGGAAAAUCUCUCACAUUUCAAGCCCAUCAUGCGACAUACACCCACAUAACCAAAUAAAAACCGUCAAAAGCCCCCCAAAAGAAAACAUAAAUAUGUAUACGCUGAGUGGUGUUCGUCUGCAUCUCCAACCGACACUUAUUGGUCUAAACGUUUAAUUCUAAAUUAUUCGUGUAUAAAGUUAAUACGGUACAUUAUUAUCAUGAUAAAAGGAUUCAGGUGCCAUUGAUGUAUAAUGCAUGGGAGUAAUAGGAUCAGUGUACAAAACUUGUUUACUAUUGCAAAAUUUUUAAUAAGUGUUGCCAUUUUCUCACACAUGGCCCGUCACGGGUGGCUUCGAUAGCUUUAGACACAAAAUACACGCUAUCCCUUUUGUCCGACUAAAAA